AUGAUCGCAAAUGUAUCAAAAAGCACGGCAUCGAUGCUCAGGCCUUACAAGAAACCGCAGCAUGCACUAGCCGUCCUCAACGGUGCAACCACGCAACGGAUUGCGUGUGGACCUCAAGAUUUGGUAUCAUGUAGACCACUCUCCACUAGCACGUUGACGGCUCAAUCGAAUCCUUCAGGUGUGGGAUCAUCGUCAUUGUCAUCUAGGUCGGCACCACCAGCAUCGACGGAACUCUCUCCGCUGCAAUCUCCGCACAAAUACCUCUUGGAAGAGCUCGUCAAGCGCGACCAUCCAUCGUAUUUGGCACAUCACUUUUAUCCCAAGCAUCUGCAGACGCAUUUCGCAGCCAUCAGAACAUUCAAUGUCGAAAUCGCCGGACUCAAGGAUACCGUUUCAAACGAGCUUCUGGGUCGAAUGCGUAUGGGCUGGUGGAGGGAUGCUGUACAGGGAGCAUACCAGAACCGUCCGGCCAAGCAUCCUGUCGUUCUCGCUCUGCGCGAUGCGUUUCAAGAUCCGGCUGUUCGCUCUAACGCAGGGGGCGGGCUGAUGCUCGACCAUUUUUUGCGCAUCAUCGAUGUUCGCGAAGCUGACCUGAGUGACGAUUUCCAGCCGCCCACGUUGGAAUCGCUCGAGUCGUAUGCGGAGAGCACCUCUUCUCGCCUCCACUACCUCUCACUCAAUCUGCUCGGUGUACGCAGCGACGCCAUCGACGAACUCUUUUCUCACCUCGGAAAAGUGUCUGGUCUCAGCCUCGCCAUCUCUAGCAUACCCUAUCACACCCACCCUCCCCCGCACAUGCGCAAUUCGACUACAAAAGGUGCACGAAAACUCGUUCUCCCGCGCGAAUUCUUGCAUCUACACAAAGUCGUUGAGGAAGACGUCUUUCGUAACGGUCCUGAAGCUCACGGAUUCCGCGAUGCGGUGUUUGCCCUUGCCACGCGCGCGAAUGACUACCUGAUCACUGCACGUAAGAUCAUCAAUGACGAGUUUUCCGGCAAGUUGCCCAUGGCUGUGAUUCCGGCCUUGGUAGGCGUCGUUCCCGCUCGUUCGUACCUCGAGAGACUGGAAAAGGCCGACUUUAAUCCGUACGACGCUUCACUGCAAAGUGGGAAACAUUGGAGGUUGCCUUGGGAUAUGUGGCGUACCAGCCGCAAAUGCAGCAUUUAA